AUCAUUUCCCCCGGAUUAGACACACACGCUGUUGUUGAAUUGGUGCAGUCACUAAGCAGUGCGUGUGCGUCUGCACAGAGCGCGCCGUAGAGAGACAUGGAGGGGUGUUUGAACAGGUCGUGCCCGUGUCUCCGCGCACUAUGGGAACGAAUAUUCAAAAGCGAGAAAAAGAAUGAUGGACUCGAGGGGAAAAGCUCGAACGGGGAUCAGCGCAUAACGGACAGUGGUCUGGAUUUGGAGGAGCGCUAUAAGACUUUACCGUCGGAGGAGAGCACCGUUUAUGUGGCAUUAUGGGCUUUCGAAGCUCGCGACAAUGAUGAGCUGUCGUUCGAUACCGGUGAUCGGUUCCGCAUCGUCAGGCGCGAGGGGGAUUGGUGGAUCGCCGCUAAACUGGACGCAAACGGGCGCGUGCUCGCCACCGGGGUCGUGCCGCACAAUUUCCUGGAGCGCGCCGAAUCGGUCACGUUGCAACCGUGGUUCUUUGGCAAAAUGAACCGGAUUGAUUGCCUCAGUCACCUCCUGACAGAACAAAACAAAGAUGGAGCUUUCCUGGUGCGAGUCAGUGAGACUGACAAUGUGGGCCAUGUUAUCUCAGUUAAGGUGAAAAACAAAGCAAAGCACUUUAAGAUCUAUCACUCAGAGAAUGAAUUCUACGUGGAAAAAACCUGUAGCUUCGCCAGUAUCCUGGAUCUUGUACAACACUAUCAGAGUCAUCCUCUGGCCUCUGUGCACAAACUGGGAAAACCCUGCGUCAAGAGAAAGCCCAAGCAGCAAGACCUGUCUCGCACCACAGUGGACAUGUGGGAACUUCCCAAAGAAGACUUUACUCUAGAGAACAAGCUGGGCAACGGUUACUUUGCUGACGUUUAUCGAGGCAAAUGGAAGAACCAAACACACGUGGCCAUCAAAAUUCUCAAGAACAACGAUACUCUAAACCAGAAAACAUUUCACAUGGAGGUUGAGGUUUUGAAACACUUGCGUCACAACCACCUCAUCUCUCUCUUUGCAAUAUGCACUUCCUCCACACCGUAUUACAUCAUCACCGAGUACAUGGAGAAGGGAAACCUGCUGGAUUUACUCCGCAGUCCAGAGGGCAAUGCUUUAGACCUGGAAAUCUUGACUAACAUGGCAUACCAGGUGGCUGAUGGGAUGACUUACCUGGAGGAACAUAACAGCAUUCACAGAGACCUGGCAGCUCGUAACGUGCUUGUUGGUGAAGGAUAUGUGUGCAAGGUGGCUGACUUCGGUUUAGCACGAAUUAUCAAGGAGCCGAUCUACAUGUCUAAUGAUCUAAAAAUUCCAUUCAAGUGGACAGCACUUGAAGCCCUCGAGCUUGGCAUUUUCUCUAAUAAAUCUGAUGUCUGGUCUUUUGGUAUUCUCUUGUAUGAGAUUUAUUCAUAUGGCGCAAAUCCGUAUUCAGGCAUCAAUAAUAAAGGUGUGCUUAAAGAGAUCAAAAGUGGCUACAGAUUGCCUGCUCCUCCCAAAUGUCCUUCCUUCAUCUAUGAGAUUAUGCGGUCCUGUUGGAGCAAGCAGCCAGAGGAUCGGCCAGAUUUUAAAAGCCUCAAAUAUGAACUUCAUGAGUGCAUUACCCGGUUCACUUAACUCUAUGUAUCCUGUGUGUAUAUAGUGUACAUUUUAUUUUAUUUUUUACAGAGAUGUACAGUGUGCGAUAUGUUUUUGACAUUGUAAAGUUGCUAUGUAAAAUUUGUUUAAUCUCUUAUGGAAUAAGACAGUGAACAUAUAACAUCCCCGAGUAUAUUAAUUUUAUACAAUGUGUUAUUUGUAAUUCUAUUAAGUGUAUUCAUUGUUAUAAAGACUUCAUGUAAUGGUGACAAGUACAUAAAGAUCUACUGUUAUGAACCUUUAAUGUCAUUUAACAAGCACAAUGCACCAUAAUCAGAGUCUGCUUUAAGAUAUGUCCUUAUUGUCAUGCACUGAGAUUGUCCAUGAUAACGAGGACAGAUUUUAAUGGAAGCCUAUUUCAUAAGAUUUGCCAUAGCGUAUUUCAUUACAUUCAUUUUUUUAUUAGAAUUGUUGACUAAAAUACAGAUAUUUCCUG